AUGCCGAAGCGCAAACCAGAGGGCGCUGAGUUUGAUCUCCCGCUCCCCGACGCUUCGAACAGCCUCGCGCCGCAGCAGCGGCUGCUGCGCCUGGAGUUUGAGCGCUUCUGUGCGAGCCGAGUCGGCGCGGGCGGCGUCGUCGGCGCGAGUGGCGACGACGGGGGCGAAAACUCGUCAGCGGAUGGCCGUCACCUCGCCUCGAUCCUGCAGCGUGAGGCGGCGAAGUUCAACGAAGGGGACGAUGAGCUGCUGUGCGCCGCGCUCGACGCGACGUGCGAGGCACACUCGGCUGCGGUGGCUGACUCGACCGCGAGCGAGCUAUCGGUCCGCGCGGGCGCGGGCACGGGCAAGACGCACACGAUGAUCCAGCGCGCCGUGCGGCUGGUGCGGCUGGGCGUGCCUCCAAACUGUGUGCUGAUGGUGACCUUCUCUGUCAAGGCGGCCGAGGAGCUGUGCUCGCGCGUCGGGCACGCCUUUGCGGCUCUGGGCGUGCCGCCUCGGCUGCUCCCGGUCGGCAAGACCUUCCACGCGCUCGCCUUCUUCUGGGUCCGCCGCUACUGGAGGGCGCUCGAGCUUGGGGCGGCGCCGGCGCCGCUCACGGGCGACGCGGGCGUUCGGAAAUUUAUGCAGCGGGUGCUCGAGGAGCAGGUCGCCGAGAAGCGCCUCGAGUGGUGCGUCGCUGCCCUGCGCAAACACCUCCUCCGCCCCGGCGGAGCGGACGCGGACGGCGCGCCGCCGAGCUGGGAGGAGGUGCUCGCCUUUGCGAGGCAGAGCCUGCCGGCGAGCUGGAGGCGCGCGUGCGAGGCUGCCGAGCGGGAGGUUCCCUUUGACGAGGCGCAGGCCGCGCCGGCGCGCAAGAAACGGCGCGGCGGGAGGGACGCGGCCGACGUGGCGGCCGAGGAGGAGGAGGCGCGCGCCAGGCGAGCCGAGCUCGAGGCCGCGCGCAUGGUGGCGAGGCGAGCGCACGUGUACCUCGAGCUGCGCGGGGCGCAGAGGAGGAGCAGCCGUGCGAGGGCUCCUCCCGCCCAGCGGGCCACGGGCGAAGGGGAGGAGGAGGAGGGCGGGCCGAUGCCGCCGGGCGAGGACCCGAUCGCGCGCCUCUGGCUCGGCGCGUCGAAGAAGGAGAGGCGCGACAAGGUCGCCUUCUACCUCGAGCUAGUGCGGAGGGGGCGGCAGCAGCGGCAGGGCUACAGCGAGUACCUCAAGGACGACGCGGACGUCUGGCGGCGGUACGACGCGAUGCAGCGGCGCGAGGGCAGGCUCGACUUCGACGCGAUGCUGCUCCACUUCCACCGACUGCUCGGCGAGCACGAGGGCGCGCGGCGCGCCUUCCACGCGGCUCACUCGCACCUGAUCGUGGACGAGUACCAGGACAACAGCGAGAUGCAGGCGAAGCUGCUCGAGCUGAUGGUGAACCAGGCGGAUCCGCAGGUCACCGUCGUCGGAGACGACGACCAGUGCAUCUACUGCUUCCGCGGGGCCGAGCCUGGCAACUUUUCGCGGCUGCCCCAGAGGUACGAGCACUGCACGCUCGUCGACAACUACAGGUCGACGGCCAACAUCCUGCGGGUCGCGCACGUGCUGCUCGAGGAGUGCGCGCGCCGCGAGGCAAAGACGCUCGCGCCGACGCGCGAGACGGGGGCGCCGGUCGAGCUGUGGAAGGUUGCGACGCCGGCCGAGCAGGCGUCGGAGCUGGUGCGGGCGAUGCGGGCGCGGCACGAGGAGGGCGUGCCGUGGGGCGAGAUGGCGUGCCUCUUCCGCUGCUUCAAGGCCGGCGAGAUGGGCUCGCUGCACAAGCCGCUGCAGCAGGAGCUCUCGCUCCGCCGCGUGCCGUACACACUCUUGGGCGGCAAGGGCCUCUUCGAGCUCGCGGCCGUCCUCGACGCGCUCGCCUACUUGCGGCUCGCGGCGCUCGGCUCGGGCGAGCACGACGACGAGGCCUUCGUCCGCAUCCUCAAUCGGCCGAAGCGGCGCCUGCCCGAGGAGUCGGUGCUGCGAGUCGUCGAGCACCAGCGGCGCGCGCUCGUCGAGGCGCGGCGGGGCCUCCCCGUCGGCCUCGAGGCGGCGGCGCGGCAGAUGGUGGCGUCGGGCGUCGGGGUCAAGAAGAGCCAGCGUGCCUCUCUGGGCUCGCUGCUGGCGCUGCUCGACGAGCUGCGAGACGCGUGCGUCAUGGCGGAACUGCCCGCGAUGCUGCUGCGCGUUUGGAGCGCGGCCGGGCUCGACGCGAUGCACCAGCGAAAGGAGCGGUCUCAGAGGCGGGCGCUGGCUCCUUUGCAAGGCACGGCCCGGGACCGCGGCGACGAGGGCGUGGCCGACGCUGGAGGACAGGGCGCCGGAGGUGGCGAUUCGAGCGCGAUGCGGCUGCCGUCAGAGGUGAGCUCGCUCGUAGAGGUGGCGACGGCCUUUUCGACAGAGUACGCUGCGCGCGAGCGUGCAGCGGCGGGCUCCGAGCGCUCGCUCUUUGCCCUCUGCCGCACGUAUGUCCUCGACCACGCCGCAGAGCUGCAGCUGUCGGCGCUGCCCGACUGCGUCGUGGACGAGCUGUUUGCAUCUCGUGGCCGCGGGCGGAGCGUGAUGCGCGCUUUCCUCACCGAGGUCGCGAUGCGCAGCUCGGCGGCGGAUGCGCAGGACGCGGCAGCCGAGGGGUCGUCGAAGGUUUCUAUCAGCACGAUCCACCGAGCGAAAGGACUCGAAUGGUGCGACGUCUACGUGCCUUUCCUCAACGACGGCCUGCUGCCGAUGGGCUACCGCGAGGAGACGGGCAACACGGCGCAGCGGCACAAGCCGCAGUGUGCCGCGAGGCGCGCCAAUGGCCAUUGCGACCUCAACUGCGCUCGCGCGUACAGAGAGGCCGACGCGCACGCGCGAGGGACGCCUGAGGAGCGUCACGCUGACGAGGAGCGGCGACUCGCCCACGUCGCAGCGACACGUGCCAAGGACCGGCUCGUCUUCAUAACGGUGCAGCUCCGCCGCGAGGGAGCUUUCGCUGCACGGAACGCGAUGGAGCCAUCGCCGUACGAGAGGAGCCUUCGCGCAGCACUGCCCGAGGAGACUCUCGUGACCAGGGUGCGCGGGGAGCUGCAGGAUGCGGAGGAAUAG